GAGCGAGCGAGGGCGCUUCGCUACGCGGCCGUAGGCACCUCUGGCCCAGGCGCAGCCAUGCCGAGCGGGGCGACCACUCCGCAGUGCGCCCAGCCGGGUGGCCCCUGAGGACCGCAGGGGGCCGUCGGCGAGCUCCUGUGGUGCUGCUGGCUGCAGCGCGAUGGCCUCGAUACUCACAUCGAUCCGCCAGACCUGCUCCGGUUGCGACGCGGCCAUCUGCUGUAUUGGCUGUGCGUCGCUGGCCCCAUGCGGCAUCAUAGAGCGGGUUGUGGACAAGAUAUCCUUCCUGCCCCCGCGGCCUCCUGGGUACCACAUCACGCAGGAGAGUGUCAUCUACUUGAUCGAGAGUGAUUAUGGCCUGCAGCCGAUGCCAGACUACACUGCCGAUGGAAUUACAGUUGAGGCCGUCACCAUGCAGACCCGUCGCGGUAACAGUAUCCAGGGGUUCCACAUGCGUCACACUAGUGCGUGCAGGCUACGCAGAACGCUUUUGUUCAGCCAUGCGAACAGCACCGACAUUGGCAUAAUGUUUCGUCGAGUGGUGGAGCUCUGCGCAAGGUUGCAUGUAAAUGUCUUCGCAUACGAGUACAGUGGCUACGGUGAAUGCACGGGUACGCCUAGCGAGGCAGACAUCUAUGCUGAUGUCGAAGCUGCUUAUGACCACCUCACAACACGUUGUGGUAUUCCUGGUGAGCACAUAGUUUGUUACGGCCAGUCCAUCGGGACGGUGCCGUCGACGUACUUGGCCUCGAUCGCCAAGGUUGGCGGUGUAAUCCUUCACAGUGGCAUGACCAGUGGCCUUGGGGUUAUAUUAGAGGUAAACAAGGAUUAUUCGUUCGAUGUUUUCAAGAACGCCGCUCGGCUGAAGGCCGUGACGGCGCCAGUUUUCGUGAUGCACGGCACGAACGAUAUCGAGAUACCGUUCAGCCACGGGUUGGCCCUGUACGAGGCGUGCCCCGAGGAGUUCGCCUACCCGCCGUGGUGGGUGACCGACGGUGGGCACAACGACAUCGAUAUCAAUUUCCGCCAGCAGUAUUUCGAGCAGCUCGCCCAUUACCUGGGGGCUCUCGACGCAGGCACCUGGAAGGCGGAGCCCAGGCAGGGCCCCAGCGCCCGGCUGUCCGGCAGCAGCCGCAGGACCUCGCUGACCCCGCGGGAGCUGAGCCGAGAGCGCCCGGGCGUGGAGCCGAGUCAGGAGUGCCUCCUGACCCCCAGGGCUGCGGAGGAGUGAGCGGCGCCCGGCGGGAGAAAGAUCAGGGGCAACGUUUUCGUGGGGGUCGGCUCAGGGUGAGUUUCGGAAGACUCUUGGCACUGUGCAUGGGGAAAGGCAGAUGUGAGAGGAGCGGGGGCAUGGCGUAGAAUAAUCCUGCCUCACUGAGUCUUGCCCGAUCUGUGCGGUGAGGAUUACGCAGACAAAGGAGCUGUGGCCGAGUGUGCUCAAAAGACGCACCUGCACAGUCGGCACGAGAUGGAUGCGGAGGCACAUCCUGCCAUCUCACCCGUGCAGUGACAGAUCCCGCCGCCCCCGUGGCCCGACACCGGCCCCCGCGGGAGGCCGGAACUGGCGAAGGACCCUCGCCUUGCUUUUUUCGAAGGCGUCGAGGGCCUGGGGGCGCCACGACCGAGAAA